GCCGACUGCAGGUUUCUGAUGUGUCUCUCCAGCAGCUGGAGUUUCGGAUGUGUUUGCAUCCGUAGUUGAUAAACGAACGCACACAGCGGAACCAAACCACAUACACUCGGUCAGAACAGAAACCCGCUCCAGAGAAUGGCUCAGUGUACAGCAACGACGACUGGUGGCGGUAUGAACGGAGACAGCAAGAGGAAGAGGAAAGUGGCUAUCAUUACAGGCAUAACCGGUCAGGAUGGGUCCUACCUGGCAGAGUUGCUCUUGGCUAAAGGUUAUGAGGUUCACGGUAUCCUCCGCAGGUCCAGUUCUUUUAACACGGGUCGGAUCGAGCACCUUUAUCAUAACCCUCAAACGCACACAGAAGGAAGCAUUGGAGCUACUAAGGAUCACAUGAAGUUGCACUAUGGAGACUUGACCGACAGCACGUGCUUGGUGAAGAUCAUCAAUGAAGUCAAACCCACAGAAAUCUACAACCUCGGAGCACAGAGCCACGUCAAGAUCUCCUUUGACCUGGCCGAGUACACAGCAGAUGUGGACGGGGUUGGAACCCUUCGGCUGCUGGAUGCAGUGAAGACCUGCGGUUUAACUGACACCGUCCGCUUCUACCAGGCCUCCACCAGCGAGCUCUAUGGGAAAGUACAGGAAAUUCCCCAGAAAGAAACCACGCCAUUUUACCCGCGAUCGCCUUAUGGUGCUGCUAAGCUCUAUGCAUACUGGAUCGUUAUAAACUUCAGGGAAGCCUAUAACCUCUUUGCUGUGAAUGGGAUCUUGUUCAAUCAUGAGAGUCCUAGAAGAGGUUCAAAUUUUGUAACUAGAAAGAUCAGUCGCUCCGUGGCGAAGAUCCACCUCGGGCAGUUGGAGUGCUUCAGCCUGGGCAAUUUGGACUCCAUGCGAGACUGGGGUCAUGCCAAAGAUUAUGUGGAGGCGAUGUGGCUGAUGUUGCAGCAGGAGGAGCCUGUGGAUUUUGUCAUUGCAACCGGGGAAGUACACAGUGUUCGAGAGUUUGUGGAGAGAGCCUUCAAACACGUGGGCAAAACCAUUGUCUGGGAGGGGAAGGAUGAGAAGGAGGUGGGCCGCUGUCAGGAGACAGGAGUCAUUCAUGUGAGGGUUGAUCCGAAAUACUACCGGCCAACUGAAGUGGACUACUUGCAGGGAGACAGUUCCAAAGCCUUUAAGGUUCUAGGCUGGAAACCACGUGUAACAUUUGAGGAGCUUGUUAAAGAAAUGGUGGACGCGGACAUCAAGCUCAUGCAGAACAACCCAAAUGCCUGAACCCACACGCCUUCAUCUCCACGCAUGCCAAAGAGGCGCUUGUUUUGUGUUUGUGUAGCCAAUGGAAGAAGCACUCAAAUGCAUUUCUGUUGCUCCGUCUGUCAUUUUCUCUUCUGAUAACACUUUCCCUGUGUUCUUAGGGUCCUUGGUUGUUGCCUUUUUACAUUUUUAAAUACUUUAAUAUUUAUGAUUGUGUGUUUGGAUACUUAGUUGAUUCUGUUGAAAUGAUUUUUAUUCAUUUUUAUAAAGUGGUUUUUAUUUGUAAUCAUGGAAAAAAGUAUAAAUAAGGGAUAAAGGGUUUGUAGAGCUUUUUAAAGUUCUCUAAUGCCGUUUAAUUCAUGUGAUUGUUUGAAUGGAAAUAAUGUCAUUAAUUGGUUUGAAAACGUUUUAAAAAAGUCUCCUGUUCCUAUUUAAGAUUCAAAUACAGAAUAUGAAGUUCUUUCAA